AAAGAAUUGAGACAGAAUUAGAAGAAGUUGAUAUUGAAAGCCUUGGAUUUGACCAUCCUAUAUGUUCUGGAGUUUUAGAUGUUAAAUCAGAAUCUUUCAUAAAGAUGUCUGGAUCAUUUUGUGAUAUUUUUAAGAAACCUUUUGAGAAAUACAAGCUAGAUCAUAAUAAUAUGAUAAUAGAUACUU